AUGAAGAGUAUAAUCGAUCGUGCUACAUCCAUCAUUUUGGAACAAGACUACUUGUCAUCCGAUGAGAAGUUCUCAUGUUUCCAAGCCAUCGAGUCAAGUUCCAAAGCCAACCUACUCGUGGCUGCUUCAUCUCUCGGACCCCAAUACAUUCGCAAGUACAUCCAAGAGAACCUACUUCCAACUUCCAAGAUCUCCAACUCCAACUCCAACACCAACACUGAGUGCGAGUCACCAAAGGAAUGCCCUGUGCCAGCUCAGUUCAUUCAGGUCCAAGAGUCAACAUACCCUAUACCAGAGUAUUGUAAUGACUCUGUCCCUGACUGUUCCUCUGGUCCAGACCCUGCCAUGUCCGUUGCCAACACCAAUGUUCGACGUGAAGUCACUUCAUCGCCCGCCGGAAGACCUGGUGUUGGAGCCACUCAAACUCAAUGGCUCAAUGUCAAGGCAUAUGGAGCAGUUGGUGAUGGUAACGCCAAUGAUACCAAUGCCUUUGCUCUAUGUAUUGCUGCCGCACAUUCAACACCUGAUGCAAACUGUAUCUAUAUCCCUGCUGGUGGCUACGUCGUCACAUCAUUGCCCGCACUUCAAGACUAUGAUGUAGUCAUUGGUGAUGGCAGUGACCUGUCCACCAUCAUCUACCAGGGCACUGGCACACUGCUCACCAUGACCAACCUCUCAAGGGUGGCCUUCAAGAAGAUGCAGAUAUGGACUACCAGCACGGGCAAUGGUGUCCGUAUCUCCAACUGUUUCAACUGCUCGUUUGAGAACGUUGUGAUCCGUGGCUCACACACCAGCAUUACCUACCCGACCUACAUCAACACGAUCGGUGUAGUGCUCGAUGCCAACAGUGGCGCAACAAUGUUCAACAACUGCAGCUUCCAGAACUUUGGCACGGGCCUGCAGACCAAGUGCAUCCAGAACUAUGUCACCAACUCAAAGUUCACCACCAACUACCGCAGCGUCGUUGGCACUGGCAACAAUGACAAUGCCGGUCUCUCACUGGUCAACAUCGACUUCACCUCGGACAACAAUCCAAACACGACUGUCAAUCACAUCUACAUUGAUGGACGUGCCAAUGAUUGGUGGCUCAGCAAUGUCUGGUUCGAGGGCUCUGCCAGCGCUGUGGUGGUCGGUGUCGCAGGCACAGGUGGUCCCAUGCAGUUUGGCAUGGUCAACUGCAAGGUGGCCGCGCGCAACUACUGCAUUGACAUCCAACAAUGUCGCCAGGCACACCUAUCCAACAUCAUCUUUGACAAUGACGGUACACCCAACCCAACGGAGCUCCGCAUCAACUCGACUUACGCAUCGGAGGGCUCGGCCAUUGGCAUGAUCUCCAACUUCCGCUCGGACAUCCCCGCCAACACUUACCCAGCCACAUGGUCCGUGCUCGGUCGCUUCAACACUCAACUUCCACCAUUCGCCACGACGCUCAAGGUGCGCAACAAUGGAUCAACAUCCGAUUUGCUCACGGCACAAGAUGUCAAUGGCAACUCACGCGGUGCCAUCCUGUCCAGUGGCGCAUUCCUCGCUGACAACUCUGCCACUGGUCUCAUCCUAAAGUCCUCUGGUGGUACCUACUACCGACUGACCAUAAACAACUCUGGUGUUGUACAAGUGGCCAAUCUCGGAUCGACCAGACCCAGCUCCUAA